GACAGCCCAAGCAGCGAGCUGUAUGUUUGGACGAAAUCGAAGACGAAGCAUCCGAGCGAACCAAAAACCAUGACCAUUAGCAAUGAGUGGCGAAAACUAUCGUAGUGCAACGAAAUCGCACGAUCCGGGCUGGAACGAUCCGCCCCCGAUACCGACGAGCCACAAGCCGAGGGCUGGCGGAGCCAAAGCCGACAAGAAGCAGGAGGAGAAUGCCGCCCCCGCCGCCGAGGACAGCUUGCCGGAGCGGGCGGAGAUGAUCGGCCAGGUACGGACCGUGUUCGAUGGGUACGUGCAGCAGCUGGAGGAGUCACGCCGGGCGAAUGUGCAAAAGCGUAUCGAUCUGCUGUACGACCAGUGGGCGAAGGGUACGCUGCCGGAACAGCUGGAGGCCCUGAUCUACCGCCUGUCCGCUGCCCUGCUCGAUGAGGACGACGUGCGUGCGAACGUGCUGCACCGCACGAUCGUGUGUGAUCACGGCGGCAAGUGCGCCCAGUGGACGCCGGUGCUGCGGCAGCUGAUCUUUGUCCUGCAGCUGCGCAACGAGCAGACGAAACCCGUCGUCGCCGACCAGAUCGUGCAGCCGCUGUAGGGGUGCAAGGCGGACGUGAGAGAGACGACGCAGACUGACAACGGGCAGGGAUGAAUGGCCCCGAGCUCAAGCCGGUGAGAUCAGGAAGUAUGUUUAAUUGUUUCACGUAUAGGAUAGGAAAAGUACAUUACGAUGCACAGCAUGAUAUAGGCAUAUAGUAUGCGAUUUUGGGGCGGAAAGCCCACAAAGAAGGAAGAGAAAUACAGUGGCG